AUGAGGAUCUUGGCAUUGCUGUGGACAGUAUACCUGGUGAGAUUGUGUUACGGUGGAGAUGACAAGGUGGACGGAUCCCUAUUUGAUGUAGAGGAAGCAGAACAUCAAUCAGUUCCAGGAGACAAAACCGUAGAGAUUCUACCUUGGGCACAGCUUCCACGACCAUCCUUUGAAUACUACCAUGAUGAAAAUCACAUUAAACUGGUCCUUCCACAAGAGGGUGUGAUAGUGACGAAAAUAUCAGAGAGUAGGAGCGUAUGGACAGGUAAAACCGGAGAAGUCUUGGAAUACGCCAAGGCAUAUCUUAAUAAGGACGGUAAACCAGGCUUUGUUAGAGUCUGGAAGAGGGAUUCCUCAGGUGUAAAGUGCGUAAAUUACACAACAGGUAGGGUCUACGGAUGGUCAGAAUUCAAGGGUGAUAUCAGCAUAAAGAUAAAUCCGCUCAAGGUUCCUGUGGAAAGGAAGGGGGACUUUGUUAUAGACUUGAAGAAGGAUGAAGACACCAAAAAAUGCAGGAUCUUUAGUGUAAAUUUCCUUGGGGUUCCUACUCGCUCAUAUUCUCCCAAACCAGGUUAUUACGCUACUGAGGUCAAGGAUGGUGAUGAGUCCCUCUGGAAAGCCUCUGAAGGCACAGAUGAGAGAUGCCUAUCCUGUGACGUUUACACCAAGGAUGAAGAAAGAAUCCUCUCUAUAACCAAGAAGAAAAAUGAUAAAACGGAUGAUGCUUCCUUUGAGUUUUCUGACGGUGAAUGGAAGCACAUCACUGAAGAUGAGUUUCAUAGGAAGUUUCAGGCCAUGGUAGAUGGACCGUCUCAAGAGCCUGAAAUCUCUGAACAUGAGCCAUUACUGGCAGGUGAAGCGGAGGGCGCUGACUCGACAGUUACAUCAAACGAUUCUGUGAAUGUUGGAAAAGUAGAGGACAAUGAAUCUGAGCACAUUUCCGAAGAAUGUAAGGAUCCUGAAAUAUCUUCCGUACCAGAUACUGAGGCCACUGAACAAGAGUCUACAUAUGUAGGAUUCUCUGAAUCUGGACAAAGUGAUCUAGGGGCUCAGAGUGGACAAACAAAUCAACAAGGAUCUUAUGAUACACAGACAAGUUCCCAAUCUCUAAACAUCCCUGAAGAUCAAGACCCUAUGACAAAUAAUUCUGAAGGUAAUGAUAUAGUCGAUGCAGAUUCUGCUAAAACCACUGAUGAUACUGUGAGAGAAGCCUCGGAAGGGGAAGUUGAAUUGGAAAAGGAAGAUGAUAGAGAAUAUAAAGAACCAAUUUCCGCCACUGAGGAUGUAAUUCAGAACUCUGAACCAAGCACGCCUUCAGAAAAUGCAGCUUUAGAGGAACCUAAUUCCGAAUCUUCCAUAUCCUCGGAUAAAACCCCUGUUGACCCUUCCAAACUGGAUGAGAAUGGAGCAGGUUCAUCGGAGAGUUCUACUGAUGGACAAUCUAAUGAAGUUUCCACAGACGGAUUUAGUGACAAGGCGAAGGAAAUGAUGAAGGGUGAACAAGAAAUUCCAGAUUUUACAUUAAAAACAGCAGAGGAUAAUAAUACCACAGGAGUAUCAGAUUCAACACCAUCCACUCAGGAAGAUAAAGAGCAAAGUGGUGUCUCGGACACACAAUCCAAUGAAGGUUCUGUCAGUGAACCGCAGAAUGGCUCAACUGUAGAAAGUACGAAUCCAUUUGAACCUUCAAAACCUGAUGAUGAACUAAAGGGUGAAGAAGAAUUGCCAGAGGCUUCAGAAUCAACUCCUGGAACAAUGAGCAAUAUUACAAACCUUCUAUCUUCUGCAAAAUCUAGCGUAUCAUCUUCAGACAAAAAUGAGGAAAGUAACAAUACUGCAGACGGUUCAAAUGAUAGUAAGAAUUCGUCAAAACGGGGUGCAUUUAUGAAAUUCCUCUUAGGAUCACGUAAUUAA